UUGGGGUUAUGUGCAUCAAAAUUCUUGCGCUACCAACGUAAUUCUAAUUUUCAAUUCCCUUGCGGGAAAAUUCAAGUCCUAUCUAUAAUUUUGGUGUGUUUCAACUGCAACUUGCUGUUAUUUAAAAAAAAAUCGGAACAUCAAUUGUGACAUAAAAAUCUUAGGUUAGCAACACUACUUUAACAAAAUUUAAGGUGGCCACAAUGUCGACUUUGGAAUAUUCGAAAGCACUCGUUACUCGGACAAGAUCUUCAUGGAAAAACGUCCACAACUGUAAACUGUGCCCCUAUUUUACGACAUCAAUUUUGUGUAUGGUGAACCACGUGAGGCGACACCGUUCAUCUCUGGAAAAACUUACAUGCUCCGAAGCCAAAAUCGAAGUGUAUUAUUGUAAAGACUGCGCUUUUAAAACGGAUCUAACGAUUCUGUUCAAACAACACAUUAACAAACAUCAUGGCCUUAAGAAUGAAUCUAGAGAGGAUCUGUCAAUCCAGGACUUCAGCAUCCAAAACUACGUUUGCGAAAAAUGCGCCUUCGAAACAAAUUUCUUAAUGAAGUGGCGACAACACACUUCAGCAUGCAUUUUGAAUUCUUCGAACCAGAAAAAUUGUUGUCCACGUAAAAGUGAAUAUAAAGUGCCUUUAACAGUCCACAAAAAUACGGAUCAUUUAGAUGAAGAAAACAGUGAAUGUCACAAGAAUUGUUUGUUUAAAACUAGAUCAAAAAGUAAUUUUAAAAAAGGCGAGGUUACAUGGUACAAAUGCAAAGAGUGUCCAUUCAAAACUAAGUAUAAGAAAUCUGUAAAAAUCCACCAAACUGCAAAACAUCUAGACCAAGAAAAAAUUAAGUGGCACGAAUGUGAAAGUUGCCCAUUUAAAACUAAACAGGUGUCAAAUUUAAAAAACCAUGUUAUUUCUCGACAUUUGGCAAUCAAAGACGUUAAAUGGUACGAAUGUGCAAGCUGUUCAUAUAAAAAUAUCAAAUCAUUUCAGUGCAAAUUAUGUCCAUAUAAAGCUAAGCUGAAACGUUCUGUAAGAUGCCAUAUGAACAACCACCAUUCAGAUGCAAAGGAUUCUAAUCAGUAUGAAUGUGCCAAGUGUUCUUACAAAAGUACAAAAAAAUGCUAUUUGCGAGCGCAUGUAAAGGCCCAUUUAGAUAUCAGGCCGUUUCAGUGCGAAUAUUGUCCAUAUAGGGCGAAACGCGGCUAUCGUUUAAAGCAUCAUAUAAAUAUCCGGCAUUUGGAUGGACCGGAUGCCAAGUGGUACAAGUGCAAACAAUGUUCUUUUAGAGUUAAAGAUCAAUCAGCGUUGUGUAAACACAAAAAAAUACAUAUGUAGAUUUUAUUUUUAUUUUAGUUGGGCAUGCUAGUAUUAAGCUGGAUUUAUAUAAUUUUUUAUUUUAGCGUUGUACAUUUUAUUGUUAUUUAUCAAAUAAUAAACAAAAACCAGUCAAACUUCAAUUAUUUGGAGUGAUUGCAUCUGGUGAACGAAUUCCUCUAAUGACAUAAGUGACCUUGUACUUUGGAUAAUCCUAAUUAAUCAAAAAUUCGA